AAUAAUCAUAUUUCAUGAGUUUUGAGAUUAUUGUUAUUGUUAUUAAUUUCUUGUUCACAUACAUAGCAUCUCAUCCCAUCUCAUCUCAUCUCAUCUCAUCUCAUCGUCUUCAUUCUUACUUGCCUCUUUCAUCCCCUCAAUCAUCAACUAAUCAAACUAUAACCUUCACCUUUCACCCUCAAUCAAAUAUUUUAUUUUAUUUUUAUCUCUUUGAUCUAUCCAACAAUAGUUUCUUAGUUACCAAUUAACUUGUUUUGUAAGGAGCCAAUAAGGAAGGUCAAAAAUAUUGAAUUCUACAUCUGAGAUUUGCAGUUGAUAAGCAUUGUAUUCAUGUGAUAUUCUUGUAUGGGGAUAUCCAACGACAAUGUAACGGGGCUUGUACUUGCGGUUUCUUCUAGCAUUUUCAUUGGUUCUAGCUUUAUUGUUAAAAAAAUGGGGUUAAAAAGAUCUAACACCCAAGGGAGAAGUGCAUCCUCCGGAGGGCAUGCCUAUUUGUCUGAACCUUGGUGGUGGAUUGGAAUGAUCUCAAUGAUUGUUGGAGAAAUCGCCAAUUUUGCAGCUUAUGCAUUUGCACCUGCACUGCUUGUAACUCCUUUAGGAGCUUUAAGCAUCAUUGUUAGUGCAAUAUUAGCUCAUUUUAUAUUGGAAGAAAAAUUACAUAUAUUUGGUGUGCUUGGAUGUGCUCUUUGUAUGGUGGGAUCUACAACUAUUGUUUUACAUGCUCCACAUGAAAAAAUUAUUCAUUCUGUUAGAGAAGUGUGGCAUCUUGCUACAGAACCAGGUUUCAUUGUGUAUACUUGUGCAAUUGUGAUUUUAGUAUGCGUCCUCAUUUUCUAUUGUGUUCCAAAAUAUGGUCAAAGACAUCUAGUUGUAUACGUAGGAAUAUGCUCUCUCACCGGAUCACUUACGGUUAUGGGUGUGAAAGCAGUGGGCAUAGCUAUAAAGCUUACACUUGAAGGCACAAAUCAAUUCACUUAUUUUCAAACAUGGUUCUUUACUUUGGUUGUCGUAGGAUGUUGUAUCUUACAAAUUAACUACUUAAACAAGGCCUUGGACACCUUUAACACUGCAGUUGUAUCGCCAGUUUACUACGUCAUGUUUACAUCAUUUACCAUAUUUGCUAGCAUAAUCAUGUUUAAGGACUGGGACUCACAAAGUGCAUCACAAAUUGCUACUGAGUUAUGUGGAUUUGUGACAAUUUUAUCAGGAACAUUUCUCCUUCACAAAACAAAAGAUAUGGGAAAUAAACCGCACACAGAAGAAUCCUCUCCUCUUUCAAGUCCAAAUCAAGCUAAUAGUAAUAACAAUGAUAAUAUUAAUAAUAAUAACAAUACCAACAACAACACAAACACAUAAACUCAUGGAUUGUCACAUGACAGUUAACUGUCUCUCAUAUUUGUAGUCACACUUUGAAGAAAGUGAUCAAAGUUAUGUCAUAAUCUUUCAAAGAAAAGAAAGAAUGAGAAAGGUGCAAGAAAUAUCGGCUUACUCGAACAAGCAUGCGGUGUUGAAAAGGGCAAAGGUACAAGUAUGAUUCUCAUGUGAAAAAGUAAAAGGAUCAUGUUUUUAUGGCAAAAAUACUUAUACAAGUAGUUGGAUUCAUAUUGUCAUCCUGCUUUUUCUUUUUUCUUAUUGCCUUUAUGAGAUUUUAUGUGUAAUUUUGAAGAGUUAAUUGUCCAAAGAUAAUGUUCAUGGUGAAUUUUUAAUUAUAUUUAUGAUGGGUACAACUAU